AUGGAUGUUAAAAUGAACAAAGUAGAGAGUGAAUCUCCUUAUUAUAAUUAUUCCUCUUCAUCAUCAUCAUCCACUUCUUCUCAAAGCCAGCUCUCAUUGGCAUUUGCAUGCAAUCCGAAUUUUUCACCGGACCAUUCAUCACUGCAUGCCGAAACUUGGAAGGCAGGAGUGUUGAUCUCUCACAAGAGGAAAGCGGGGAGAAAGAAGUUUCGGGAGACGCGUCACCCGGUGUACAGAGGGGUUCGGCAGAGGAACGGUAACAGGUGGGUGUGUGAAGUUCGUGAACCGAACAAGAAGUCAAGGAUAUGGCUCGGGACAUACCCUACGCCAGAAAUGGCAGCUAGGGCACAUGACGUGGCUGUCCUAGCACUUAAGGGCACCUCUGCACUGUUCAAUUUCCCUGAUUCGGUUUCUCUUCUUCCGGUUGCAAAGUCAUCUUCUGCUGCUGAUGUAAGAGUUGCUGCUUCAAAAGUUUCAACGAUUUUUUGCCCUUCUUAUUCCUCCGUAACAUUAUCUAGUUCUUCACCAUCUAAUUCCCGGGUCAAGACUAAGCCUUGUUUGGUUGAUGAUUUUGUUAAGACUGAGAAUAACGUUGAUGAGGCCAAAUCAGUGUUUUUUGAUGAAGAGGCGUUCUAUAAUAUGCCACUUUUGUUAGAUAGUAUGGCAGAGGGUCUUCUCAUUACUCCACCGUCUAUGAAGAGAGCAUUUGAUUGGGACCAGGUUGACUGUGAAACAGAUCUCACUCUCUGGACAGAUUAAUACUAUUAAACUCGU